CAGUCAGCCAAAAUGACAGCCAGCCAGCUUAAAAUCCAACCAGCCAGCCAGCCCAAAAGCCAGCCAACCACCCAGCCAACAAGCCAAAAUGCCAGCCAGCCAGCCCAAAAGCCAGCCAGUCAGCCAAAAUGCCAUCCAGCCAGUCAGCCAAAAAGCUAGACAGUCAUCCAGCCAAAAAGCUAGCCAGUCACCCAAACAGCCAGCGAAAAAGCCUUCCAGCCAGCCAGCCAGCCAGCCAAAAAGCCAGCAAGUCAGCCAGCCAGCCAGCCAGUCAGACAAAAAGCCAGCCAAUAAGCCAUCCAGCCAGUCAGCCAAAAAGCCAGCCACCCAUUCAGGCAAAAAAGCCAUUCAGCUAGUCAGCCAGCAAAAAAAGCCAGUCCAAACGCCAGCCAAAAAUCCAGCCAGUCAGUCAGCCAAAAAGCUAGUCAGCCAGCCAGCCAAAAAGCCAGUAAGCCAGCAAGCCAACCAGCCCAAAAGCCAACCAGUCAGCCAGCAAAAUAGCCAGCCAGCCAGCCAGCCAGCCAGCCCAAAAGCCAGCAAGCCAGCCAUAAAGCCAGCCAGCCACAAAGCCAGCCAGCCAAUUAGCCAAAAAUCCAGCCAGCCAGCCACAAAGCCAGCCAGCCAGCCCAAAAGUCAGCCAGUCAGCCAAAAAAGGCUGCCAGUCAGCUGAAAAGCCAGAUAGCCAGCCAGUCACCCAAAAAGCCAGCCAGCCAAAAAUUCAGCCAGUCAGCCAGCCUGUCAGCCGGCCAAAAAGCCAUCCAGCC